CUCUCUCUCUCAUAAAUUGGGAAAAUAUAAACAAGAAACAAAAGGAUAUGGGAAGGUCUCCUUGUUGUGAAAAAGCACACACAAACAAAGGUGCAUGGACCAAAGAAGAAGAUGAUCGUCUUAUUGCAUAUAUCAGAGCUCACGGCGAAGGCUGCUGGCGUUCCCUCCCUAAGGCCGCCGGACUCCUACGCUGUGGCAAAAGCUGCCGUCUCCGGUGGAUCAAUUAUCUCCGACCUGAUCUCAAACGUGGUAACUUCACUGAAGAAGAAGAUGAACUCAUCAUCAAACUCCAUAGCCUCCUUGGCAACAAGUGGUCUUUGAUCGCCGGAAGAUUGCCGGGGAGGACGGAUAAUGAGAUAAAGAAUUACUGGAAUACGCAUAUCAGAAGGAAGCUUUUUAACCGGGGAAUUGAUCCGGCGACUCACCGGCCAAUAACCGAUGCCAACAAUCAUUACUCUAAUAAUAACAUUACCACCGUCUCCGCCGCCAACCAUAAUCGUAAUUCUUCGCCGGAGGUCACCACCACAACCACCAUAUCCUUUGCAACUACUACACCCGCGGUUCCCACCACCACCCAUCAUCUUGUUAAGAACGAAGAAGUAGAAGAAGAUGUGAAAAUCCCUAGUGAUUCACCCGAUCGCCGGAAAAUCAAGAACACCUCGCCGGAAAAUCAAGAAAAGUGCCCAGAUUUGAAUCUAGAGUUAAGAAUCGGCCAACCCAAUUAUCAACAUCAAAAUAAUACCAUUCCAUCAUCUUCAUACAUACAACAACAAUUCCAGUCCGUCGAGUAUCAUCAUCAUCAACCAUUGAUGACCGGCGGGAGAAAUUCCGGUGGUGGAAACAUAUGUUUUGCAUGCAGUUUGGGUAUACCGAACAGCAAGGAAUGCAGUUGUACGAAUGGUACAAGUGGUAACAGCACUGGUUAUGAUUUCUUAGGCUUGAAAAAUGGUGCUUUGGACUACAGAGGCUUGGAGAUGAAAUAAUUCCUUAAUUGGGCAUCUUUUUUUUAAUUCAAAAUAUUUUGUAUUUUUUUUUUUCCAAAGAAUAUAUAUUUUAGCAAUUUUCCUUUUUUGUACAAUUAUAAUAUAAUGCUAAAAUUAGUUCAUAGAAAAGUAAAUAGUGGUUUUUCUCAUUCAUAUAUAUACAAUUUGUAACAUCAAUUCUCUAUAAUUACUAU